AAGUCCAAUGGGAGUAGAUUAAAGAGGAAAGCCUCUAAAUGAGGCGUGAAAGAAAGAUCUGUCCCACAUUCAGAUCUGACCGUUCACUCUUAUGCUGAAGGGGUGGUCAAGAGCGGUUAACGCCUCUAUUUUCUGGAAAUACCAAUCAAUGCAAAUCAAAGCUAUAAUUAGUAAACGCGAGCGUUUAAAAGAUGCGCGCCGACCUGCUCAUCUUAUUCCCCACGCGCACCUUUCCCUCAAGGCGCUCGAGCUUGCAUACAGGUAAAUUACGUCGCAGCAUUUGGUUGGCUAGAGCUUUGUUCAGGUCUAUUAAGUAACAGUCCGUUUUUUGGAAGAUCCGAUGUCCUUUGAUUUACAGUGUCAAUCCGCGUAUCAUCUUUCACGCGCGCAAUCGCAGCCAGGUGCGCUCACCUGCGCCGGGAUCGCUUUACCGGAGCCUGUAUUUAUUUGCGCUAUAACGGGCUGUUUUAAGAGUAGACAUUUCUGUGCCUAUAGCUAGUGGGUGUUUUUUUGAAGUUUUGUUUAGAAUUUUAAAAGAAGCAAUAUGAAGAAGUGAGAUAUGGACUGUUAUCUGUGAUCUGCAGGUAACUGAGCCGUUGGCCAACACUGUGCUGCUUUCAGCUUCAGAGAAAGAUGACUUUCUACGAUGGUAUUUACCCGUUUUAUCCGCUACAAAGGAGCUCGUUCAUCAUCGACAUCAGCCUCCUGGUUGUGAUUCUGGUUUUCUCGGUUUUGGCUGUCAGCUUCCUGCUCAUCCUGCCGGGAAUACGUGGCAAGUCGAGACUGUUCUGGAUGUUCAGGAUAAUCACGAGUUUAUUCAUUGGAAUUGUUUUAGUUGGGCUGAAUUUUACUGGAGACUGGGCUGAAGCCAGAGUGAAGGCCAAUACCUCCUACAAAUCCUUCAGUAAUGCAGUGGUGUCAGCUGAGGUGGGUCUGCAUGUUGGGCUGUAUGGAAUCAACAUCACACUCCGAGGACAUCCCGUAUCACAGAUAAAUGAGACCAUAGACUACAAUGAAAUCUUCAGGUGGUCCGCAGACAUGGAUGACCAGUAUACCAAUGCACUGGAGAGGGGUCUACCCAACCCCAUCCUUUACAUCGCAGAGAAAUUCACCCGUAACAGCGCUUGUGGACUGAUCUACCAAUACAGAUACUCUGGACGGUUUGCUUCAGCCAAUCUGUGGACGGCUUUUUUCUGCUGGCUGGUGGCUAAUAUUCUCUUUUCAAUGCCUGUCAUCAUCUACGCCGGGUACAUGAUGAUAGUCACGGCCGCUUUCAUCUUCUUCUCCCUGGCUUCCUUCUCAACGAUAUACAACACGGCCCCGUGUGACUUCACUAUAGGAGCAGAUUCAUUCAGAGCAAGCUACAGUCACUCAUUUUGGCUCGCUUUGGCAACGGGUUUGUUGUGCGCUGUGAUUGGAUUGAUGGUGGUGCUGUUGGGGUGUCUGUUUCCUGCGAAGAUGAGAGAGGCAUUUAGUGUUGGCGCUGACAGUGAGGAUGAAGAAUGUCGUACUGGUGAAGGCUACCUCAACAAAGGCUUUCUAGAGGGGGUGUUCUGUGAAGACAUCCAACAGACGGGAAAAAGCAAGGAAUCUCAGCAGAUCACUACAAUAACACGACUUUGAAGGACGUCUGCUUUUCACCCGCUCGCACUACUCGAACACCUGCUGACUGAAUACCUGGGAUCAGCUAAAUAUAAUUUAUAGACAUUAUACUGUAUAG